GUCUAUCUCCCGGCGGCUCUCGUCACCCGGCGACGGGUCUCCCCCUAAUCGGGUUUCCAUCAGUCUCCGCGGGGGCGUAUAAAAGGAGCCGCCGCGGGGCGAGGCGGGCAGAGCGCGGCGCUGCCCACCCCCCUUCCCGCCCGGCCCCAUGCAGCCCGCCAUGAUGAUGUUCUCCAGUAAGUACUGGGCGCGGAGGGGCUUCUCGCUGGACUCGGCCCUGCCGGAGGAGCGGCCCGCCGGCGGCGGCCUCACCCUAAACAGAUCCAGUUCUGGGAAAAAUGAGGAAAAGAAAGGGAAUAAGGGAAACGGGAAAGGUGAAUCUGUUUCUGAAGGUGGAAAGACAGCCGUGGUGUUUUCCUUGAAGAAUGAAGUUGGUGGAUUAGUGAAAGCUCUCCGACUCUUCCAGGAGAAACAUGUGAGUAUGGUUCAUAUUGAAUCACGAAAAUCGAAGAGAAGGAACUCAGAAGUGGAAAUUUUUGUGGACUGCGACUGCAGUAAGAAAGAAUUUAAUGAACUAAUCCAGUUGCUCAAGUUUCAAACUAAUAUCGUAUCUCUCAAUCCGCCAGAAAACAUCUGGACUGAUGAAGAAGAUCUCGACUGUGUCCCUUGGUUCCCCAGGAAGAUAUCUGAAUUAGACAAAUGCUCACAGAGAGUUUUGAUGUAUGGAUCUGAGCUGGAUGCAGAUCACCCCGGAUUUAAAGACAAUGUCUAUCGACAGAGAAGAAAGUACUUUGUGGAUGUUGCCAUGAGCUAUAAAUAUGGUCAACCCAUUCCCAGAGUGGAGUACACAGCUGAAGAAAUUAAAACAUGGGGGGUGGUGUUUAGGGAACUCAGUAAACUCUAUCCCACCCAUGCUUGUCGUGAAUAUUUGAAAAACUUUCCUCUGCUGACCAAGUACUGUGGAUACAGAGAGGAUAAUGUGCCUCAGUUGGAAGAUGUUUCUAUUUUUCUUAAAGAAAGGUCUGGCUUCACAGUGAGACCAGUUGCUGGAUACCUGUCUCCACGAGAUUUUUUAGCUGGCUUAGCGUAUAGAGUUUUUCACUGUACUCAGUACAUACGACAUGGCUCAGAUCCUCUCUACACACCAGAACCGGAUACGUGCCAUGAACUCUUAGGACAUGUGCCUCUACUUGCUGAUCCCAAGUUUGCACAGUUUUCACAAGAGAUAGGACUUGCUUCGCUGGGAGCAUCUGAUGAAGAUGUUCAGAAAUUAGCCACUUGCUAUUUUUUUACGAUUGAAUUUGGCCUUUGCAAGCAAGAAGGACAACUGCGUGCUUAUGGGGCAGGACUUCUGUCUUCUAUUGGCGAAUUAAAGCAUGCUCUCUCUGACAAGGCCAAUGUGAAAACAUUCGAUCCAAAGACAACCUGUUUGCAAGAAUGCCUUAUCACUACUUUCCAGGAAGCUUACUUUGUUUCAGAAAGUUUUGAAGAAGCCAAAGAAAAGAUGAGGGACUUUGCCAAAUCAAUCAAUCGUCCCUUCUCUGUGUAUUUCAAUCCAUAUACGCAAAGCAUUGAGAUUCUGAAGGAUACCAGGAGUAUAGAAAAUGUUGUCCAGGACCUCCGCAGCGAUCUAAACACUCUUUUUCACACCUCUCCGCUUAAGAGCCCCUUCAGAUGCACUAAAAGGAGUCCCUGCACCUUUGGAGAAGAGGCAGUUAAAAAGGUACAGGACUGUGAAGGGCAGAUGGGGCUACAGGAGCCGAGCGAGGCUGAGCCAAGCCAGAGGAAAAGGCAGCGUCGGCUGAAGUCAAGGAGAGGAGAAAUUCCCCAAGUAGAUCUCUGUCACUCCUCCCAACCAUUUUUACUCAUUCCAGUCUUCGAUCGGAAGUGUUUGAAAUACAUUAUUGGAAGCCUUGUUUAAUUGAAAUGCAUUGUGUCCAGACUAAUUUGGAAGCACCAAGACUGAUUUUAUAACAUACUCGAAAACUCUUGGGCCCUUGGAGGAGGGAAGCAAGGUGGAACUGAAAGAUGGUGUGGCAGUUUUGGGGCCAGGCAAAAGGCCUGUUGUCGAACCACAGGUACUGUGGAGUUAUUUGUCACCCUCGAGAAGAGCUAGCCUAAAAGAGAUACUUCCAUAAUACAAAACAACCUCCCCUUCCUCCCUCUCUGGGUUUGAUCGCGGUGGCAUUUGGGGUAGAAGCAUUUUUUCUGAUUUUGAAAUUUGUGCCAAGUGACAAGCUCCCAGGACAGGGCAUUUCAUCUCGGUGAGACUGAUGUUCUUGUCACUUUUACUGCCACCUCCAGCACAAAUGGGCAGCGAUGCCAAUUGCCCUGAGCAGCUGCUGGCGCCUGCCACCGAACGGGACUCUGGGGGGAUCCACCAGCAGACUGGCUCCAGCUGAGGGACCACACGGCUUCCAGCAUCUCCAGCCUGGGGCAGGUGUGCCAGCAGUCAGGACGACUGAUCUCGGAGGGCUGUCUUGGAUUAAGCAAAAGCUUGAGAUGCGGUAGACUGGCACAUUUCUGGCUGCAGAGGUUGGUAUUUUUUGAGUAAUCUUUAUUUUGACAGCAUGUUCAAACAAUUCUGAGGCCCCGCUCAAGAUUUCCCACAAUAUAAGUGCUCAAAUUCCCUCUUUGCUGGCACUUCAGAUAGGCUGGAUAUUAAAUAAAAUUGGAGAGCCUGCAUGUGACCAGAAGAGCUCUCAAAAAUAGGUCCGCUUUUAAGAUCAUGGAGAACGAACAGUCAAUUCUUUAGUGAUCUGACCAGCACUGAGGCAAUUCCUAUAUAUUUCAUAGUAAGUGGUAGUAGAAAUCUUUCAUAAAGAAAACCCUAAGCCAUCCCAAACUGCGCUUUCCAUGAAUGAAUUCAAACACAGAAACUGCCUGCCUAUGGUCUGCAGGAGUUCAAACCCAAGAUGUGUCAACAUGGGUGCAGUGUCCAAUCUCAGUCAUAGCGACACAGAGAGAGACUAUUGCCAGUCCCACUGCCAGGCACUAAGUAAUUCCUUGCUGGAAGAGGUUUGUUCAGUCCCAGCAGGGAAAGAGGCAGCUCCGCUGCAGAGGCUAUCCAAUUAUGUGGAUUUUUUCAGGAAAUGCUGUAAAAACAUUUUCCUUCAUGAGCCUGUGCUAGAGCUAUGUAUCUCUGGUGAUACAAUAUUUUCGUUCUGCCUGGCUUUUUGUGGUGUUUAAUGAUGUGGCAGGUUUAAAAAAUUUGGUGAUUGAAAGAUUAAAGCAUGUAGUGUAAAAGGUGGCAGGAGGAUGAUUUGUUUGUUUGCUGUUUUCUUGCUUGAGUUUCCUUAGCUUA